CCUCUGAGUAAACUGGACCGCAUAAAUGUCACCUAUCUAACUGGAAUGAAAAUGGUGGUGGGACACACUCCAUAUGUGCGGCUUGUAUUUGGCUUCCUAUUUGCUUCACUAGCCUUCCAGAUGGCUCAGGGGAAUUUUGCCCUUUUCUGUACUCACGCAGCGAAUAUGGGAGCAUAUUUCCAGCAUCUUGUUCUUAUAUUACUGACAUCAGCUACAAUAUCCAUCCCAAUGUGGCAGACACUACUGGUCAAAAAAGGCAAGAAGACCACCAUAUUCAUCGGCCUAUCGGUUUAUAUCCCAGCUCUAAUUGUGAUAUCCCUAGUGAAAAGUAAUUUACCCAUCUUCAUUAUUAUGUCCAUGGUAGCUGGCACGAGUCUGGCAGCCCUCUAUCUACUCCCUUGGUAAUUUAACAUUCAUGUAAUCUCUCUUUUACCACUAAAGCCCUCACUCCACCCAAUGUUUUCCUCUUGCAUUACUGAAACAUUACGCUAACCCAGAUGGUGGUCAGCUGGGAAUUAGUUGUAUGAUAUGUUCGUCAUUAUAAUGUUUGGUCGGUUCAGAAUGACACCAUACUUAAAUUCGAUCGCAAUUGAAACUUAUCAGACCAGGCAACUUUUUCCAAUCUUCUAUUGUCCAAUUUUAGUGAGCCCAUGCAGGUUGUAGCAUCAGGUUCCUGUUCUUAUCUGACAGGAGUGUCCUGUAGCCCAUCUGCAUAAAGGUUUGACGUGUUGUGCAUAUCAGAGAUGAUCUUCUGCAUACCUUGUAACAACUGGUUAUUUGAGUUCCUAUUGCCUUUCUAUCAGCUUGAACCAGUCUGGCCAUUCUCUUAUGACUUCUGGCAUCAACAAUGCAUUUUUAACCACAGAACUGCCGCUCACUAUUUCGUUUAUUUGGACCAUUCUCUGUAAACUCUAGAGGUGGUUAUGCAAUGAAAAUUCCUGUAGAUCAGUAGUUUCUGAAAUAAACCAGCCCAUCUGGCACCAACAACCAAUGCCACAUUCAAUGCCACUUAAAUCACCUUUUUUUCCCAUUCUGAUGCUCAGUUUGAGCUUCA